AUGCAAGUUGAAGCAAUGGGUAUUAAAAAGGCGGAGGAUAUCAAACUAGCUGAAGAACUAGAUAUGUUUAUGGUUCUAGAGGAGGGAGAAAACCAGGAGCAGCUGAGGGGGAGUGGGAUGGAGGUGUUGGAUGGGGGCGCUAUUGAGGUUAAAGAGAAGGACUUGAACAAUGGAGGUGGGAGCAAGAGGAAGAGGGGUGGGAGGGUAGUAGAUGGAGGUGUUACUGAUGGGAGUAGUUCAGGGUUAGGAGGAGGCUGUGGUGGUGUGUUAGGAAGGCAUCAAGAGGAAGAAUUUUGUGGGCCUAAGAGUAACACUCCUAAUUCGCAGCUGGAGCAGUUAGAGAAUACGAAUCUUCUUACCGUGCGGAUUAAAUGGGUUAACCCGGAGAAUCUUAUGGAUGACCAUAAGUCGCAACUCUUGAAUAAGCAUAAUGAUGCAAUUCUCUACAAUAGAGGUCUUCCUAUUAAUCCUUCUAUUAUUGAAAAUUAUGAAUACUUUUCGGAUAAGAAGAGGUUAGAUAUAUUAAAAGAGAAUGAGGAUACCUAUACUUUUGAAGCUGGGACUCAGGAGUAUGCAAAGUCUUAUGCUAAGGAUUCUAAUACAUGGUUGUAUGAUCUAGUGGUCCAAGCACAGUUCAAGACGUUUCAGGAUUUAGUUAAUACAAGAAAUACUGUUAAGGAACUUCUUGAGUCUAACAAGCAUGUAAAAGCUUGGUCCAUUAGUCAGAAUCCACAUGCUCUCACUCACCCAGGAAAUCUUUAUAUUCGAGGUAUUCCAAAGGACUUGACCGUUGAUGAUGUGUUGCCUUUGUUUUCAAAGUUUGGGACGGUAUUGUCGCUCAAAAUUAUUGUUGAUAUAGGUACCGGAGAAUCUCUGGGAUACGGAUUUAUCUCCUAUCCAUUGGGUUCUCAAGCAGCUAGAUGCAUCAAAGAACUGAAUGGGAAUUUAAUGAAUGGUUCUCUUUUGUUCAUCAACUAUCAUGUUGAAAGAAAGGAAAGAGAGCGUAUUCACCUUGAUCAUCUGAAAGAAGACAAUGAUGACGAAAGAUUCAGGGGUGUUUUCGUAGGUAAUUUACCAACAGAAUAUGAAGAUGGUACAUUAACUACACCUGAACAAGUAUUUAAAAAAUUCAAAGAGCUGCUGGACCCGGUGGAAAUACUUUCAUACUACUUUCCGAAACGGAAUUCGAAUACUAAUAUUGAAUAUAAGGAUGAUUACGAUUACUUCCAUGCAGCAUCUAAGGAAAAUGCGGAAACCUGCGACUCUCAAAAUGAAGAUUCACCCUUAAAGGGAUAUGGUUUCAUCAAAUUUUCAAAGCAUGAAAUGGCUUUAAAAGCAAUUGAAACUUUGAACAAUCUAAACUGGUUAAACCACUGUUUGGUAGUUAACAAAGCAGUUCAAAAUAGGUCCCUCUAUCAUAACCACGGCAAUUAUCGUCCUCCAAGCAACCGUGCAUCCGUUUCAUCGAGGCAGUCCAGUUUGUCUAGUGUACCACUAUUUGGGGCGACUGCUGCUGGCGCUGCUAUCCACGCUCCCCCACCCGGAUUUCCAAUAUUUGCGACCGCUUUCUCACUUUCACCUACAGCUUCAGAAGGUUUGUUGACAGACAGGUCACCCGUGAGAUCCGGCUCCAGUAAUGAUGGGUCACCCAGAGUGGAUUCUACACCCCAUGUUCAGAUAUUUACGAGCCAACCUCCUGCUUUAAGUUACUCACCAGAAUCGUUAACUGCUCCGGGCUCGCGUCAAGGUUCAUUAUACAUGCCUUCGUGUGCUCCAAUGUAUUCGCCUGCAGGCCCUGUUGCUAGUACCCAUCCUCAGUUCGCCCAUCAUUCUGGGGCACACGCAGCUGCUGCGGCAGCGGCAGCUGCUGCUGCGUUCGGAGGAUUGCCGAUCCCAACAAGAGACCAGCAGGAAUCAAAUCUUUAUAUCAAGCACAUUCCUUUAUCCUGGAGGGAUAGAGAUUUGAAUGAGUUCUACUCCCAAUACGGGGAAAUUAUUAGUGCGAAGAUCAUCACCGUUGGUGGAUCCAAAAAUGGCUCCGGUGAUAAAGAAUCACUAGACGAUGUGCCGAUAGGAACUUCUAGGGGAUAUGGUUUCGUGUGCUUUAAAAAUCCGCUUGAUGCUUCUCGUGCUAUGAUGGCUACAGAUAGAUUUCAAGUUGAUAGAAACCAUGUGUUAUACGUUUCUUUUGCACAAAAGAGAGGCAAGUCUGUUAGUUCUAACUCACCUUCUUCCAAUGGUGGUGGAUCUCAUCAGCAGCCGCCUUCGUCCGGACGGAGCCUCUCACAUACUUCUUACCAUCAAAACCAUAGCAACUCAAGGCAGUCUGCUUUUGACUCGUUCAUGGGAAAUUAUAAUCCGAAGUUUUUGAAUGCAAUGCUGCAACAGCAAAGUCAUGUAAAUGGCUCUUCAGGCACCCCUACACCUAACACACUUAAUCAAAGAGGCUCUUGGGGUGGGCCAGCUCAGAAACCAUCCUAUAUGGUCCCUCUGGUGCUUCCACCGCCUCCACUCAGCGUUCCGAGAUCCGGCAUGGCUGGACCAACCAUUAAGAAAGUCCAUGAAAGCUUCGAAGCCGCUACAGCGGCAGGUUCAACCGUAAUUGAAAUCGAGUGA